UCAUCAGCUGGCGCCCACGGUGAGCGGUCGCGCUGUCCCGGUGACCUCGGGGUGUUCGCUGCUGCGGCUUCGGGAAGUGGCGAAGAUGCCGCUGGGUUACACGCCGGACGAGAAGGCGCGAUACGAGCAACUGGUGAAGUUGCGGCGCCAAUGGCUAAAGGAUCAGGAGCUGAGCCCCCGGGAACCCGUCCUUCCCCACGACAGCAAAGGGCCUGUGGUCAGGUUCUGGGAGAGCUUCUUGCAGCCGCGUAGUCUCUGGCGGAUUUAUACUUACAAGGCAUGCAAUGCAGGUUGGUGGACUCUGAGUCGAUUACUGAUUCCUGCUUGGGUUGUUCAUUAUUACAUAAAGUACCACGUUAAUGCCAAACCAUAUGGUAUUGUAGAUGUGAAGCCCAGGAUUUUUCCAGGUGACACAGUUUUGGAAACUGGAGAAGUGAUUCCACCACUUGUCGAAGAUGAGCAUCCAAAGCAUUAAAGGCUCAUGUUGGCAUCUGAUGUAAAUGGUAUAUGAUUAACUUCAAACGAAAGACACAAAUGCAGCUGUUCCUUUUUGAAUGACUUAUUUAUCAUUAAAAUACUGAUUUACCAGUA